AUGGCAGUACUCGUCUAUAUGCCUUAUUGGCUUUCCAAUCCGAUGCUACCCGCACUUAAAUUCCCCCAAAGAAAUAUUGGCUUAUUCAAAGCCUCUGGGAAAUACACUCCGGUUUUACGUACUGCCGCCGAUCUCACGUGGAUUCAAAUCAAAGCCAACACAUGCGAUGUUGCUAUGGCUGAGCAAGGUCUCCCUAAGCAGUCCGUCGCCAGUGUUAUUACAGCAGUCACUGGGGGGCAGUGCCCAGCUGAAUGUCUAUUCCAGUUGAAUUUACGAUGCAAAUUAUAUACGGUAUUUUUCUAUCUCAAUUUCCUGGUUGCCGGUUUGGUCGUUUUGGGUCCGCUCAUCUCAUUUCUGGCUUCGGUCAUGCCGUUGGUCGUGAAAGAGCGCAAGUCGGAUAGAUUUAUGUAUUUCCUCAUAUGUGUCUUGGGGGCUGUCUGUGCGGCAAGCGGCUUGGGAAUCUACGCUGGAUUUUCGGCUUACAUGUACAGCAGGUUCAACCAAUAUGGGUUGGGAAUCUGCUUCUACCUUGGUGUUGUGGGAGCAUUCAUGUUAUUUGGGUCAAGUCUUGUCAUGUACGGCAGACAUUCAAAGUUUGUCAAAGCUGAGGAGGAAAAAGAAAAGGAAAAGAAAGCUCGAGAGGCAGCUGAGAUGGGAGGAGACUAUGACGGAGGUCUAUGGGUUACAUAA